UAAGAUGUAGGUAAACUCCUGGGGAAAUGGGGUAGUACUCAGGUAAGUUGAUGAGGAAUCCUGGCAUAGCGCAGGCGAUGCUUGGUUAGUAUAGAUGUCACUAAGCCAUUAGUUUCUUCUCCUUGACAUAUGUUUUUUUACCAUCCUUUCUAGGAAGGGGUCUGGAGGAGGGAAAAUUUCCCUCUCUGGUGAAAGGGACCUGGAGCAUUAUGACAGUCAAGUCUUUAAAAGCUUGUGAGUUCCCAGAGUCCUUGACGGCUAGCUGCUGCCUCUGCUGCUCUUGUCGGAUGUCAAUAAAGAGAGGUUGAAGGCAACACUUCUCAUGGAGCAGGUAACAUCCAAGGGCGCUGGCUUAAACCCUAACGCCAAAGUGUGGCAAGAAGUGCCCCAGGGGAGCGGGGAGGCUGUGCCACCGACGAAUGGCGCAGAGCACUCGUGGCAAGAAACAGCGGCUGCGCAGGGGACUCCUGCUGAGGGUAACAUAGAGAUUGCAGAGGAUAGCUGCAAGCAAUAUGAAGUGAUGUAUUCCCCGUCUUGUGAGGCCACAAGAAAUGGGACAGGAGUCGAUGAAGCAUCUGCAAAUGGAAUUGUCCUGGCGACGGAGGAUCUUGGAUACCAAAUCUAUGAAGUGUCUGGUGAAGGCAGCUCCACUGUGUCCACAGAAGACAUUAGAGAAUGCUUGAAAAAGCAACUUGAAUUCUGCUUCUCACGGGAGAAUCUUUCAAAGGAUCUCUACCUGAUGUCUCAAAUGGAUAGUGACCAGUUCGUUCCGAUAUGGACAAUUGCCAACAUGGAAGGAAUAAAGAAGCUGACAACUGAUAUGGACCUCAUCCUUGAAGUUUUGAGAUCUUCUCCUAUGGUACAAGUGGAUGAGAGAGGGGAGAAAGUAAGACCAAACCACAAGCGAUGUAUUAUCAUUCUUCGGGAGAUCCCUGAAACAACACCUAUAGAGGAGGUUAAAGCUCUGUUUAAAAAUGAGAACUGCCCCAAAGUGAUCAGCUGUGAGUUUGCUCACAACAACAACUGGUACGUUACAUUCCAGUCGGAUACGGAUGCCCAACAGGCAUUUAAAUACCUAAGGGAAGAAGUGAAAACCUUUCAGGGCAAGCCAGUAAUGGCAAGGAUAAAAGCCAUCAACACGUUUUUUGCUAAGAAUGGUUACCGGGUAGUGGAUUCCAGUGUCUACACUCAGCCAGUUCAAACACAAGCACAGUUUGCCUCACCGCUGUUUAUGCAGCCUGUAUAUAGUCCUCAGCAGUACUCAAUUUACAGCAUCGUGCCUCAGACUUGGUCUCCAAAUCCUGCACCUUACUUUGAAACACCACUGGCCCCCUUUCCUAACGGUGGAUUUGUGAAUGGCUUUAAUACACCAGGAUCAUAUAAAACAAAUGCUGCUUCGUUGAGUAUAGGUCGCCCAUUCCAUAGAAAUCGCGUGAAGCCCCACUUCCGAUCAUCCAGCAGCUCGGAACACGCUGCGGAGGGUCCAGCUGCCCUCGGUACCAUGCCCAUGGGGGACGGACCACUGAACAGAGCCAGCUCAAGGAGUUUUGUUAUGGAGCGACAUAACAGCACGGUAACUGGCCACCAAGACCAAGGUUAUUCCCAGAAGGAUUCUCCUGCUGCACAGAUGGAGCAGAAUGGCGAUUAUGGCAUUGGCAGGGGCAGGAGGAACGUUUUCAGAGGUCGGAGGAGACGAGAAGACGACCGGGUUUCAAGACCUCAGCCUUCAGCAGAAACAAAGACUCAGACACCAAAGUUUGAUUUGCUAGCAUCAAAUUUCCCACCUUUGCCUGGCAGCACGGCAAAAAUACCAGGAGAGCCUGUGCUGGAGAGCAGGAUGUCCGACAUCGUUAAAGGAGUCUGCAAAGAAAAGGAAAGCAAAGAUUUGCUGCCCAGCUCUCCAGCCCCUGCUCAGGAAGAAGAGACGCACAGCCCUGUCCAACAGCCUGUGGCAAGUGUGAGUUCACCAAGUCAGACUGAAGCUGUGGUCUUAAGCACAGUUCAGCCAGAGAGCAAGCCAGAAGAAGCGUCUGCUCAGAAAGAAGUCACAAGCCACGUUUCCCCACCCGUGUCUGUGUCUCCUACCAGUGCUGCAAAGCCACCAAGGACAAAUACCACUUCACCUUCUGCUAAUGCAAGUGCAGCUCCUGCUUUGUUGAUGCAGGAGCCCCGCAAGCUAAGUUACGCUGAAGUUUGCCAGAAGCCCCCAAAGGAGCCUCCUCCGGUCCCUGUUCAGCCUCUCCGGGAGCAUCGCACCAACAUCGUUCCCCCUGCCAAACCCGAAGACAACGGUACGCCCGAGAAGGCUUCGGAGCGGGCUCCCGACAAGGCUGAAGGCCGGCUGAAGGAUUAUUCUGGCUUCCGAGGCAACGGGCCUGCCAGGGGAGCUGCUGGGAAAAUCAGGGAACAGAGGCGCCAGUUUGGACGCAGAUCAUCGCCUCAGGGAGCACCUCGGCGUGUCGGCAAGGAGCAGUACGUGCCACCCCGCUCACCAAAGUAACACCUGGCCAGCCAGUUGUUCCUCUGCUUCGUUUGAGCUGUGGACAGAUAAGCAGCAAAAGGAGACUGUGAGAAAGGAGUAUUCACGAAGGGGAAUACUGAACUGGAGCGCGGCUUGUGCGGAGAAGUUGGGGAGGGUCCCGAAAUUCAUCUCUCAAAGUGAUUUCACAGAUGCUGGAGGAUUCCAAUCGAUAUAAAUAUAGAGAUUAUAAUUUUUGUAUUUUUUUUUUUGUUUUGUUUUUAAUUUGCAGAGGGUUUCCUGCUUGAAAUCAGGUUUGGGCUUGUGAACGUAGCGUUUUGACAAAGCGAAAGGAUAUGAAUUGAGAAGUUCCCCUGUCCCUCAGUGGAGGAGGAAAAGGAUAAGAGAAUAUUAUUUUUGAGAAAUCUCUAGCAUUUCUGUACAAUUAGAACUUUUUUUUUUUUUAACCUAUUUAACAUUUGGCUUUGGGGCUGAUGCAUCUGCCCUUGAUGGCCUUGCAUUGCAGAGCACGUCUGCCGCCGAGGUGCUUGGUCGGUGUGAGUGGAGUGACUGCAGCCAGGUACCGUUGUCAUGGCUUAGUCACCGAUGAUACAAACUGAAUGUACUACUGUAGUAAACCUGGUGUUUCCAGCUUGAAGUAGAGUCUCUUGACCUUACUAAUGAUUCAUUCAGCAAGCUUUUUUUAAACUAUCAUUUUCAGGAUGCUGGACUGUAGAUGGGAGCACGUGGACAACAAAACUUGUCUUCAGAAGGAGCCUAAAGGGAGCCCGAUGGAAUUUUUCAUUGGCCCUUUUUCUUCGCCUCCUUUUGAAGGCAGUUUCUUAGGUUUGGGGUUGGUUUUACUUUUUUCCCUUGCUUGUUACUUUCUCUAAUCUCUUUAUUACAGACUUUUUGUGCAUUUCUCUUGCUAUGUUUUCCUGAGGCAGGCCCAGUGUAGGAUUGAUGGGCGGCUACACAGUACUUCAUGAGCGAAGAGCCUGGGAUUCCAGUGGUGGAUGUGGAAUUCUGCCUUGCAGGUGGGAACUGUGGGCACAGAGCUCUGCCUGUCCCACAAGGGUUAGACUGCUGUCUCUUUGGCUAGCAAAUCAGAGACGUGGCUGGGUUUUCUAUACACUGACAGGCAUGCAUGUUGGUGUAUGUACUGACAGCCUCCCCAUGAAAGGAGGUUUGAACUAGAAGAUCUUUAAGGUCCCUUCCAAACCGUUCUAUGAGUUGUGUUCUGGAGUAGGGUAUUGGAUGCUGUAUGCUAGAAAUCAGGGUUUAUAUGUACUGGGAACUCACUGUUUACAGCUGAUGUAGUAGCAACUGACUUUUUAACUGUUUAAAGUGGAACUAAAGGUGAAGAGUUAAACCCCUCAUGCUCGGAGAAGCUGCUUGGAAGGUAGUGUCUUGCCUAGCUGUGUGCUGACUAAAUUUGCAACACUAUUGUGUAGUAAGUGGUUAAGUUUCAAGGUGAUUACCAUAAAGACUGAAAUAGGAAAAUUCAGUGCAUUAAUCGGCCAAAAUCAGCAUGCCAGGGUUCAAAGUUCUGUAUAAAGCGUUAGGGAAAAGUAGCUUCCAGCAGUAAGAAUCACACCUUUUUGGGUUUUCUCUAUUUUUCCUUUUUUUUUUUUUUCUUUUAGUGAAUAGCAAGUGUACAAAUUUAAAGUCGUAAGUUGUGAACACUGGAAAACUCAAUUGUGAUAUAUACCGUAAACAUCUUAGUAAUAUAUUAGUGUUGCCAUUAGAAUGAAUGUAAGUGGCAGUUCAGAUAACUGUGAAGACUUUUCAUCUUCUGGUUUCUUAGCCAGAUAAUCCUUGGCGACUUCUUACUCAGUAGGCAUUCUCUAUCAACUGCUUUGAGAACACUCAUAUCUAUUUUUAUAAAUAUAUAUAUAAAGCCAGAGUUGUCAUUUCUCUAACUUAUUAUUCAGCUUGGCAAUUGCUUUGAUUUGAUUCAUAACACGAUAUAAUGUAUUUAUGCAAUUAACUGUUCAUUUCUACGCAUGUUAUAUAUAUACACACACAUAUAUAUAUAUAUAUAUAUGAACCCCAAAAUCAUUAUUCACUUUGAAACUACCUGUACUGGGCUUGGGACGGGUUUUUUUGAUUUAGUAAAAGAAAUCCUUGAUCACGUCUCCAGUUUAGGGAUGCUUACGAGCCCUUUGCCAUUUAUCUCGAUAAUGCUACAUCUGUUGGAACGACAGAGGAGUCGGAAUGCUUACAAGCGUUCCGAGUUCUGAAGUGUAAGGAAUUCAGCGUUAAUUUUGCAUCAUUUUAAAGGCCAUAAGGAAUUACUGCAGUCCAGCUGGAGAAACAAAGCUGUAUGAUAGUCGCAGAUAUUUAGGAUAGAUGUGCACUGUCGUGGCAAAGUGGAGGAAGCGUUGGGAUGCGAGCGGCUGCUGUGAGCUGUUUGCUGCUCCGAGGAGCUCCUCUUUGGGAAGAGACUUGUGGAGAUCUUCCUCUCCAGGCUCUGGGGUGAGGGCAUGGAGCUAAUCCUGAUCCAUGCAGGCAUCCGCUUCCAGGGCAGUGCAGAGAGUAACUGCGUAGUGCUGAAGGUAUCCAAGUUGUUAAGGAUUGUGAAAUGUAACUUCUUCAUUUAUUAGAUAUGGGGAAGGGGGGGGGGGAACCCCAAACUGCAGUUCAGUCUUGGUUUUGUGAGGCGAUUGGGAAAGCUUGACCAUGGAAAGGAUGCUUUGUAUGUCCUGGGUGUGCGUUUUCCAGCAGCAGAUUAUGGCUCUUAUACAGUGUAGGCAAGUAAGUCUGUAAACCCGUUGGCUGUUUCCAGCAUAGCCAAACUUGGAUGAGGACAGUCACCAUUAUUUAUUUAAUACCUGCGUGCAAGGAUUUAACUUCAGCGUUUCCCUUCCUCCCCCAGUGCCAUUGGUAACUGUGGUUUUGUUUUCUUUCCUUUCUAUUCUUUUACGUGUGUGUGCGUGUGGGGAAUAAGUAAAUAUAAAGGCUGUGAAAACCAUAGUUUUGUGUGCAAGUUCUCCUGCAGUACUUGUAUUGCAUGGCAAACGUAUAACCUAGAUGGCUAGCUGCUACAUUCUCCUCCCCACUGGGGACACGGGCAAGGCCUUGUGUCUCUCUGCCUGUGUCUGCGUGUUGUGACAGACUGGGGGAUGCGGGGACGGAGCCAGACUGACUGCCAGCACAGCUCCUCGUGCCCUUGGAGCUGGAUCAGUUCCUCAGCAGAGGUGAAACUGUCCCUUGGUCAACAGCCACGUUCGUUGACGUGACAAGUGACGGUUCUCCGUGGUGCCUUCUUGGGUGUAAAAGUACCAGAAGGUGCAAAUCCCACCUCACUUUUGAGGUUUAGGAGCUGUGGCUUGCUUUCAGCGUUGUUGGCUUUUGUUAGCUGCAGAAGUACACUUCCCCAAGUUACCUUCUUUUCCAGAUCGUUGUGCACGGAAGGGAUUGGGCCGCUCUCUUGUCCUUCUGCUGAGGAGUGAAAAAGAGAAGUUUUAACUGUUUGCAUGUGAUAGGAAAAUUACAAGUGCAAAAAAACAAAAGUUUGGGGUUUAUUUCCUUUUGGUUUCUAAAAUUAAGUUAGGUUUCUAGCAUCUUACAUUCCUGCUAUCUUUGUUUUGUCUUUUAAAAACCAUAAAGAAAGAGUUAGCCUGGCACAGUAGGAUGGUGCAGUUUUAGCAGUAGGUUAAAAAAAAAAAGAAUUAAAAAAAGGCAAAAAAAAUUAAAAAAAAAAAAGUAACCCACUCUAUUAACCAGAAGAGAAAGAUGAUACUGUGGCAAAUCAGUAGCAAAUAAGUGACUUAAUCGAUGCUUUACUGUAGUUAAAUAGCUAUGGCCUUACUACUUUGUCGAUAUCAGCUUAAUUGUCUUGAAACUGUCUGCUCUUUUUACUGUUAACCCGAGUGAACGUUCACCUGGGGUAGAAUACCUGCUAUGUACAGAUGAGGAUAUUUUAAACCUGUAAAAUGCGCCAUUGUAUUACAGACGAUGCAACAGAAAUGCACUUCGGGGGGAAACCUUGCUUUUUUUUUUGUAAAUCCUUGAUGACUACAGAUAUGCAAUAGAAGUUUGUUUCUUUGUUUGUUUCUAAUUUUGAUAUUUCCUUCUUGAAACAUUAAGAUCGUUGCCAUUAAUCCGAA